AGGAAGCAAGCGAGGAGUUGAAGAACAGCCGGCUAUUCUUCAAAUUAUUACAAGCUGUGUUAAAAGCGGGAAACCGAAUGAACACUGGCACUAACCGCGGUGAUGCGAGGGCUUUCAAACUUGAAACACUUCUAAAACUUGUAGAUGUAAAAGGGACGGAUGGGAAGACGACAUUGCUCCACUUUGUCGUCCAAGAGAUAAUCAGAUCAGAAGGAGCUGCUUCCAACCAAACCAGUGAAAAAGCAAUCAUUAAGCCAAAGGACGAAGGCCUCAAGAGGCAAGAACUACAAGUUGUAGCAGGGUUGAGCCGGGAGCUCGACAAUGUCAAGAAAGCAGCAGGAAUGGACUCAGAUGUCCUACAUGGCUAUGUCUCCAAGCUUGAAACCGGGCUAAGGAAGGUCCAUUUGGUGGUGGAGUACGAGAAACCGGGUAUGCAAGGGAAUUUUUUCGAGUCGAUGAAAAUGUUUCUAAAAGUGGCAGAAGACGAAAUAAAGAGGAUUAAUGAGGAAGAGAGGAAGGUGUUAUUGAUAGUGAAAGAAGUGACAGAGUAUUUUCACGGAGAUGCGGCAAAAGAGGGCGCACAUCCCUUCAGAAUCUUCAUGAUAGUAAGAGAUUUCCUGUCCAUAUUGGAUAGUGUCUGCAAAGAUGUUGGGAGGAUGCAUGAAAGAACAGGUGCUGAUUCAUCGAGAUCAUUCAGAAUACCAGCAACCUCUUCUUUGCCGGUGUUGAGCAGAUAUAACGCCAAACAUAACAGAAGCUCAAGCUUUGAUAGUGUCUCAUCAUGAUUCAUAUAGAUCUUUCUUUCCGAUCAACACCUCAUUCUUUGGCUGUAAAAUAAAAUACAUCUCGUUGGAGCGUAAAGAAUGGGUAUUAGCAUUGGCGUCAAGACAGGCUUGGGCUAUUCAGGAUGAAAAGACAAUCAGACAAACAUAGGAAGAUUUAGUAUCAGUUAAACUGUUGAAGCAUGACAAGCAUAAAAACCUCAACUCGAUGUGUCAUCAUAAUCCCGAUUUCACAGGAUUAUUUUUUUCUGUUCUUGCAAUUUUAAAUAUCAUUCUUUCACUUCUGUAAUUCCAAUGAAUCCAUUUAACAAGAUUUGCUUUUAACUUUUGAGCACCAAACCUUUAGGCUCCUUUUUUGACUUAC